CUCGUCGUCGGACUUGUCGGCAGAUGGCGGAUGCAGUAGACGCUUUCCGUCAGUCGUGCAUAGACAACUCACCGAGCAGUGCUAUUACAUCUCUCUCAGCACCAUUUUGUGUACAUCGUUUCGAACGGAACAUUGUGUGUAUGUGCUCCGUGAAUAAUCAAUCACGAAUCAAGUGCUAAGACAAAAUCAGUGUUUCAUUUCGACAUGCCCACGGAGGGUCGUACAAGUAAUCUUCAGUGUUAGUAGAAACCGCGCCUCCGUCAUGAGCGAGUGAUCGUCGACGUUCAAAAAAAGUCGACACAGGAAACAUGUCUGGGCGGACCGCCGACGCGGAUACGAGCGAAGGGUUCGAGUUCGAAAUUCGAAAGCGGUCAUGUCAUCGCCUCUCGGAUUUCGUAUAAGUCACCGUCCAAUGUCAAAAUCGUGCACGUACCGCGAGCGCCUCGCGAGCGGAGAAUGCAAUCGUUGGUAGUGUGGUGGGCGGUAGUGUCGGCGGCCUGGGCGCUGGCGGGCGCGUGCUCGAGCUCCAUCUCCAAGCGGCCGGCGCGGCCCACGCGCCCACAGCGGCCCGUGCCGCAGCCGCAGCCGCAGCCGAGGCUCAAUGUCACCUUCCCCACCUUCAAGUGCGAGCCCGACUACUCGGAGUAUUACUGCCUCAACGGCGGCGUGUGCUUCACGGUCGUCAUAUCGGACAGCCCGAUCUACAACUGCGAGUGCCAGAGCGGGUUCGUGGGCCAGCGGUGCGAGUUCAAGGACCUGGACGACUCGUACGUGCUGACGAGUCGCCACCUGAUGAUGGAGACGGCGUCGAUAGCGGGCGGCGCGACGGUGGCGGUGUUCCUCGCGAUUCUAGUCUGCUUCGGCGCAUGGGUGCGCCUGCACCGGCGGAGUAAGGCGCCGCCCUUCGCGGAGGAGUGUGGAGCGCCCGUGCAGCUGGUGGCGGUAGCGGCGCCCCACGGCGUGCGGCUGUGCACGCAGCCCCAGCCGCAGUAGCGACCCUAUCCUGGACUCUCACCGGAGCGACCUGUUUAUACUGUAUCUCGUGUACAUAUUAUAUAGUUAGAUUAUGUGUUAAGUUAUGUGGAGAGAAUGGGAGAUAAGAAAAAUUUAUGUGAUAAUUAUUUUAUGAAGCUCUUAAUUUAUUUGGAAUUAAUUUCUUUUGUAUAUACCGGAUUCGAGCGGUUCCAAGUUUGUUGUGUUUGCCAAAUUCCAGUCUCCGUUUUGGUGUCAGUGAAUCGCGUAUGUGUUCCGUUGGAGGGUCGCACUGGACUUGUGUAAAGUGGACUGUGUACCUUAUGCUACUCGCUUCGUGUAGAGCUGUGUUAUUUUGGCACCAUAUUGUAGAAUAUGGAUGUUGCCUUAUUUUAGACAAAUAACUUCUGUUUCUGUUUGUUAUGGUCCGGGCGUCCUUAUUGGGGCCCGGGCUGGUCGGCCACGUGUGUAGGCUAGGCGAUGUUUUCUGUUGGGCUUCAGCCCGCUGCAUGUUAUUGUUUUGUACUGUAGUAAAUGUUUAGUGGGGGGGCCUCGUGCCCCUGCUUGUGCUCAUUAUACCUUGCAAUAUUCUGUCAAAAAAUGUAAAAAGAAAGUAAACAGUUCUAAGUGAUAAUGUACAUGGGAGCAACACAUUCAGGCCAAAUGUACGUGCGGGCCGCUUGUGCUCGUUCACAGGACAUCUAGAUAGUUGUGAAUCAAUGUUAAUUGUAUUUAUAGUUCUAUAUAGAUAGAAUUGUGAUGAAUUUGGAUGGUUGUAAGGCAGCGAGUAGCGCAGUUCCUAUUGCCGCAGCCGCAGGCGUUCGGUCGGCACAUUCCAUCGCACGGAUAGAGUAUUUACUGGUGUCAGUAUUAUUUUGUAAUACAAUUGUUAAGCCGGCAGCUUUACUUUAUUUUUAAUUUAUACCUGCUAUCCCGCUGGGAUAGGCUGUAUUAUGUUCAUAUAAAGGCUGAAACGUGCCCUUAACGAAAGGCUUCUUGUAAAUAUAGCCCACGUAGGUAUUUAUUAGAUAUUUAUAAACGUUUAUUUAUUGACUGCUUUAUUUAGAUAAAACUCAGUGAUCAGCUGCAUCCAACGCCUAAUAACUAUUAACGGUUGCAUCUAUUAAACCUUGCUAAACAUGGCCUCGCGUAUCAUUAUAUUCUUUAGCGAAAUCUCAUUAUGAAUCUCAUGUAAAAAUAGAAUAAAUAUUGGAUGGUGAUGAAAGCAUCCUUACAGUGUAACUGAUGUUUAAACCAAUUGGUUUGUCUCUGUAUAUAUGUACUUCUCUCAUCUCGGUGUCUAUUGUAUGAUAAAUAAAAUUGUUUUGCCAUAAAAUAAAAUAUUAUUCAGCUGUGUAUAUAAUUAUAAUCGAUGUAUCCUCUUGUGACUAUUUUUAUGUUCACUCUCUACACUGUAAGGUUGAUACAAAAAAUAGUAAUCAGCAUUUGGAUUGUUGUACUGAACUUGUAUGUGGGAACGGAGAAGCCAAUAUUGUUUUAUUCUAGACCGUUUACCAGUAGUAAGGGUAUUUGAUGUGUUGACUUGAUGUGUGCUCCUACGUUCUCAUGUGCAUAUUGUAAAUUAUUAGUUUGGAUUCAUAUGAGAUUGUUUAUAUGAACAUUCCAAAGUAUAUAUGUAAAAAUGUCUACCUACAUCUAAUAAUUUUCGAAUAUCUGUUAAGAUGCUACAUUGUUAAUUAUACAGUUUUCUAUUGAUCAUAUUUUGUUAAAAGAAAAUUAUAUGAAACUAAAUCCUUAA